AUGUUAAGGUUUUUUGUCUGGGGUCUCAUUACACGAUACUAUCGCGCUUAUCUUGCUAGAGCUGAUCAACGAGUAGGAAUCCAUAUUGGGGUCUCUGAUACUGGAAAUGAUCAGAUUCAACAAUUGGUAAACGAGACUAUAGCUUGUGGAAUUAGAUAUGAGUUUCUUCCUGAAGUAGAACAACAGAGAAAUCUCCCUUCAAGCCAAGUUCUAAACCGAAAAUCAAAGGCAGUGUUCAUCUCAUCUUCUUCUCCAGGGUACUUUGAGAGUAUAAGGAACAUAUAUUGGGAAAGCCCGACGGUGACGGGAGAAAUAAUCAGAGUUCACAAGCCGAGCCACAAGGAAUACCAGAAAACACAGAGGAAAAUGGAGGGCAGGAGAGCAUGGACUGAAAUUUACCUUCUGAGUUGUUCUGAUGUGCUGGUGGUCACAAGCCCGUGGUCCUCAGUCGUGGACGUGGCUCAUGGCCUUGGAGGGUUAAAGCCAUGGAUAUUAAACAAGGUUGAGAACGGGACUGACCAUGAUCAUUACUGUAUGAGAGCAAGGUCAAUGGAGCCUUGUUCCCAAACGCCAUGGUCACAUGGCUGA